AACAGAAUCGAACUUCCAUCGAACCGAAUCCAUCGCACUCAAUUUUGAUUUUCGAAUCGCCCCAGCAGCCCAUCGCUCGAACCGCAUCGCCAUGGCGUUUUCCGCGAAAUCUCAGCAGCCCGACAAGAGCAAGGUAUUUGCGGAAGACGACGAAGAAAUCUGGAAGAAGGUUGUCUCCUUCCAGUCCGUCGAAGGGAACAGCGACAACAAAAACGACACCAGCGAGAACGACGACGGAGGGGAUCGGGUCGGCCCCCUUCUCUCGAGCCUGGCCGAGCGCCUGCGAGAGGACUGGCGCAGCACGGAUUACUGGAAACGAGACACCGAACCGGGAGCGAGCCCCCCGAAUGCGGAAACCUAUUGGAAGAGUCUCUCGGCAUCGCUGUCCACCCACACAAAGGGCCGAUUCGCCUAUUCGGACGCUCCCACCAAGGCGGCGGGGGAGGUACCGGCAUCCCUUCCGGGAGACGAUGCCCUACCCGAGGCCUUUCGAGCCCCCGAGGGCAAGCGACACCUGGAAGCCACGACGGCCCUGUUGGGUCUCCCGCGGGACCGGGCGCUCCAGGUGACCAUGGGGGCACUCCGAUCGGUGGACACCGCCCGGGGGAACUCCGUUGCACCGACGGCAACAAAACCCACCAGCGAAACCGACGGCGGUAGCGGCAACGACAACUUCUCGUCGCUACUGGGAACCCGCGAGUUGCUGGACAAGACCCUGGAAUACCACCACCGGCAGCGAUCGGCACGCCUGUCUGUCCUCACGGAGUGCCUCCGGCUCGAACUGGAUCCCUCCUAUCCCAUUCGCGGAAUCGUCCAGGCCGAGUUCCUAGAUCCCCUAGACCAAGCCUUCCAGACGAGCGGGAGCGGCGGAACUUCCGUUGCCAGGGGACUCUUUAAGAGCCUGUUGAUCGUGGCCUGCCGACCGGAUCCGGUGGCUUCUCGCGAAGCCUUCGAACCCGCCAAACACCUGACGGAUGCCACCUCCAACACCGGGCUUGCUUCCUCUGCCUCCUUUCGAAGCGUUGCCGACCACCGGUUUGCGGAAGAACUCUUCUCCAAGGUGGUGGCCCAGGCGAAGCUGGAACGCACCCAGGCCAUGGAGGCCCUCCUGGCGUUGUUCUACGAGCGGAUCGACGGGGGAAUCUCGCGGGCCGACUACGCCCUCCUGCUGACGGCCUUUUUCUCCUCGGAGGGCUCCAGGGAGGAUCGCUGGCAGCAGCUCGCUGGGCUCGUUUGUGCCGGGUGCAUGGGUCUGUGGAGGGCCUUUGAGCAGGAGGACAGCGGAGACCAGUGGAAGGCCGGGCACCCGUUCCUGGCAGGUCUCGGGGAUCCCAGCAGCGAAUGCACAGCGGAGCUCGAGGCACUGGCACUCCUGGUGCUCGAGAUUCUGUCCUCGGCAAAACCCGACAGCAGCGAACGCCCCCAAUCGCUGGCAUUGCUCUCCUACGGCCUCUUGGUGUCGCUGGCGGCAGGCAACGGCGGGGAACCCGCUGCCCUCGCGCUGACGCACGGUGGACCCCUGUCGGAGCUGCUGUGGGGUAAUGGCGGAAGCAGCGAUGGCAGCGACCCGUCUAGGUCACUCCGGGAGUGCGGAGAGAAGCUGGUGACCCUCGCCAGCGACGAAGCCGGGGCCUUUGAUUGCCUCGCGGAAACGAUGCGGCGCCUGGCCGGAGAGGCACUCUCGGACACUCCCUCCAUUGUAGCUCACGAUUCGCUCUACGACUGGCAGUUUGCGUCGUCGGAGCGAGCGUCGAGCAAGAACCCCGUCCUGAUGCUCACGGACGACGCGGGAGGGGAGGCAACCGAUGCGGUGGCACCGGCCGUCGGCCCGGCGCUGUCGACGACCAUAUCGGCAGCGGCAAAAGGGGUCAAGAGAAUCCCCGCGGACGUUGUGGCCUACACCAGCAUCGCGAGGGAGGUCCUCGCCGCAUCCAUUGCGACCUUUUCCGACUCCCUCCUGGCCAUCGACCGGCAGGAUUCCUGCCAGAACAUCGGGAUGCUCUGCCAGCUGGCGGCGAUAGUCUUUGGGAACAACGAACCGCUCUGCUCGCAGUUCUGGGAAUCCUGGGAAUGCUACCUGCCCCUGGCGGCUGCCGGUCCGGCAAACACGCUCGCCUUUCCCAUGUGCCGUCUGCUGGAUGCCUCGUACAACCUUGCUCGGGAGUACCUGGCCGGUUUUUUCCAGGGAAAGGUUCCGAGGGAGGAGUAUUUGCUGGCCGUCGCGCCGUUUUUGGGACUCCUGUCUGCCCUCUGCCACGACCCAAGCAUUGCCGAAUCCAUGGUCGAGAUGCUCCCCCAGGCCAUGAUCCGAAUGGCGCUGGUCUGCAGCUUCUGCGAUGCUCCGGCCGAUGUCGAUCCCCUCGAGACCCGCACCGGGGUGUUGGGAUCCAUCGAGCGAUUGACCCGCGUCGCCACUUCCUCCAUGUCCUGUCUCGAAAGGCUGAGGAUGGCACUCGAGGACACGGAAAGCCUAGCCGUUUCGUCGAUGGAAACCGAACAGGGUGGCCAUUCGUUCGAUGGACCCCGGCUGUUGGCCUCCAUUUUGCACGAUCCAAAGGACCAUCGGAUAGCUCGUUCGGUACUGGGAAUCAUCGCCAAUCUGCUGGAGGGAGCUCCAAACGAAUGGGCAAUCCUCAUGGCCGGGCAAUUCAUCGACCGCAGGAGCGGUUUCCGCAGUACCGACUCGCCCACCUCUCGAUUGGUUCCGUUUCUGUCCACCAAAGACGAAGCCCUGUCGCACUCGGCGAUCCUGGUCCUGGCGGAGCUGGUGGGCCACCUGAGCCCCUUUGUCUUUUGUGGAUCGGAGGCCCUGCGGGAUUCUUCUACGAUCCUAUCGUUCCUGCAGAGCCUCGGGGCGGCAUUGUUGACGGCCAUGACCGGCCUGGCUACCACGCGGAUCUCCACGGCCUCGGUGGAAACCGCCGAGAUCGUCUUCCAGUCGUUUGCCGGCUUUCUGGGCGGGAUCCGUCCCGUGAUUCGGCUGCACGAGUCACCCGAGGUGCGAGAGGGGGCCACACAGAUACGGGACUGGCUGGUCCAGACACUGGCCACCAGCAACGGGCUCGGGGAGGUACUGGUGUACUACGCGACCGCUCCGGUCUCCCUUGGGCUCGUCGCCAAGAUGGAAGAAACCAUCACGGACCAAUCCAUUGCCGAACAGGUCGCCAAAGACGACGUUUCGGAAAGCGCUAAGAAGUACGGGGCGUGGUAUUCCUUUUCUUCCAACUACAAGGGCCAAUCCUCCGGUAUUGCGCUCUCGAAGUCCCGGGUUUUGGAGUUUCUGUCGGGCAUGACCCCCGGCGACUUUGACCUCGAAGGAAUCCAGGCCAGGGGAUGGGUGAAAGACAGCAAUCCGAAUGGUGUGGCGACCCUCGAUGCCGCUUGGUCUUCCAUCCGGUUGCUCUCCGAAUGGGCAAGCCACGUGGAAGACAUUGCCGAGACACACCUCGAAACACCCUUGUGCACGAAACAAGAAUUCCCGCUCGAGGGCGAGGCCAAUGACAUUAUUACCAAGCUGAGCCCGCAGCGAUUGCUUUGCACGGCGGCAUCGAUGCCGAUCCUUCCGUAUUCCGACAGCAGAUUGUCCUCUCUGUGGCAGAGUCUCAACUUGUCGGCCUUUGAUUUGUUGCUGCCAUAUCUGCACCACUCUACGGAAGGAGAGCAAGACCCUAACCUUCCCUUGUCGAUUGUUCUGAAUCUGUUGAAUACUUGCAUCGCUCAAGCAACAUUCACCCUGCCGAAGGCAAAGAUGGCAGAUUCUUUGCUCCUGCGAAUCUUGGUGCAAUCCGCUCGCUUUCCUUCUCUGCUGAAAGAUAUUGUGGAAAGGGGCAUCCGGCUCGCUGGUGAGGGCGACCCGAAACGGCUGGCAGAAACCAACAAGCAGGAUUUCUUGAAUGCCUUUUUGGGGCUACAGAUUCUUUCUUGUUGCGUGGCCUCGGCACCGACCGUCGCAGAUGUCGUCUUGAACCUCAAGGAAAGCUCGGGUCUCGUGGACAAGCUCGUCGAGGGGGCCCUUUUUGCACCGGGCGUCCUCGAUUUAAGCGGAUCGCAAGCCAUCUUUUCCACGGAGGGAUCGAUCCUCCGGAUGAGAAUGGCUGCGGGUUGCGCAAGCGUGCUUUCCACCCUUUGGAAAAACAUUCGUUUUUUGUCCCAAGGUACUGCCUCGGACAAAGAGGGCUCGUCGCUGUGGAAAGAGGUCGACAGGCAAUCGGUAUUUAUUUCGAAGCUGGUGGAGUUUGUUAGCCAAUACGCAAACACGGACAACCUCGACAAGAGAAUCGAUGUUUCCAACGAGACAGAGUUUGCCCGGGUAUCGACUAUGUCAUUCAUGACGUCCGCCUUCGAAAUUAUUACGAACGCGCACGUAUACGAAUCCUCCAAAGAAGGGCAGGCGACGUCGUCUACAACCGAUGUUUUGAAGAAAUUCUCGAAAUGCCGUCGACUUAUCAGAGCCGAAAAUUAUUCGAUGUCUGUUAGGAGCACGAAAGAAAUCUGGGAGAUUGCAAAGGAUGCUGGGUUGAAACAACAAGAUCCCGCUGCUCUUCUAUCUUCUUUCCCCGCUGUCUCAAGCACUCUGCAACCGAACAAUUUCUAUCGGAAAGAAAAUUCGUUUGAUUUGUCUUCUCUGGCAAAGUGGUUGAAAUGCAUAGGGGGCGCCGAGAUGGAUGACGAUGACUACAUCAAUGAUGCUUUGGAUAAGGCAUCACUCCUCCAUCAUUUGACUGCAUCGGAAUCGAGUCUGAUGGAAGCAUGGAAGCACUUUUUGGAGAUUGCCAUUUUCAAUGUGUAUUAUUCGAAUGGUUGCGUGAUCACCGGUUCGAAUAUGCAGAUUCUCAAAAACAUGACGCUAGAAACGCUUUUCAGUCUCAACGAUAACCUCGCCUCUGGUGCUGCCGCACAAACCGGAUCUUCAACACCAUUUAUGAGCAGAGAAAUUUGUCAGAUGUCCAGCUCCCUCGGCGACCUUUUCCUUUUCCAGUUGGAAAUUGGAGCGUUUGAUCUUCUGCCACUAGACGAGCUCCUAAAGAUUGCGACCGCCUUAUCCGAGAGCAUGAAAAGCCUACAAGAUGUUUCCUGUCCAAGACUGACGGGAGAAUCGGAGUCGAAUCCACUGUUGCAAGUAAGUACAUAAUAACCGUGCGCAUGCAAUUCAUUUGUAGCAACGUUUACAACUUGAACUAACCUGGUGACAAACUCGCUCUUCCCUAUUCAGGAAUAUUGUACGCAACAUCAAACUCUGUUGAGCUGCGCGCUUGUCAUUUGUGGCCUCAUAGAAAAGCACGAAUGCAGUCGCCCAGAUCAUGGUGAGCAGGGAGACAUAUAUACUUCUUUAUGCUUGACGAAUUGCACGUUUGUUAGGGCGUUUUCUCAGCUGUGCAACAAGAAAAAUAUUUCAGCGAAAACAAACACGACGAUAAUUCGCUCCUGCGCAUCGCUAUUCACGUUCUUAGUGAUAGGAUAUCAGAGUGAUCAUUCGAGCGAUUCUUCUUACACUAAUUUGCUUUCGAAGUCGUUUCAUGAGUAUGAAGUCUUGAAGCUACUUAUGCAAUAUGCUACAUACCUUUCGUCUUUUGUUGAGAAGAAUUUGUCCUCAUCGAAGAACCAAAUUCCAUCGGAGGAGGACAGAGAUAUUCUUGAAGCGAUUAAGGCUGUCUUCAACCUCUUGUACGCGAUCGCUGAUACCAAUGAUCCCGAAAUUAUAAGCACUUUGUACGCGGUUGAGUUCUCUCAAUUGGCUGUUAGAAACCCUUUGUUCAACCUCCGUGGUCCUUCGUGGUCCCAGCAGGAUCAAAUGCAGGCGCAACCAAGGGGCUACAUCUUCAAGAGAGAGACAGUGAUGAUAUCGAACGAGCAGUCCUCCAUUUAUGUUGGAUCCGAGGAUUCGGUUUACGAGAUAUGGUUGGCAUCCAUGCAAGUUCUAGGUGCAUGUGUCAGAACGUCUUCUCACUAUUUGAACAAAUCUGGGUCAAACGACCUAAGCACGGGAUUCCUCGAAAUGGCCAUCGAAUUUUUGAGGGUACACAGAAGCCCUCUUCUUGCGUGUCUUCAGAGCUGUGUCCAACCCUCAAAAAUGACUCGAUUGGCUCUGCGCGAAGCCAAGGAAUUAUUGGCAAUGGUAGCGGAGCUCUGCAAACGAAACGUCAGGAAGUCUUUUGUGAGCUCCAAUCUCGAUCUUUGUGAGGAAUUUAUCGAACAUACAAAGGUUGUAACGACGAGUCUGAGUAAAUUCCUCGGGGCCGUAGGAACUUCCUGUGAAUUGUUUGCAACCAUCGAAGAGUACGAAUCCACCGAUCAAGAUCGUUUCGAUGAUCUGAAAUCGGCUCCCCUGAGUCAACUCCGCCUUUCGCUGUUAUCAAUAGGGCUUCCCAUGGCCAAACAAAAAGCGAUGAGACUAUCGAACUUCGCGGCCAGUCGCCUCGAGAAAAUUUCGCAAGACGAUUUUCAAGCAGCCACUGUUGUUCCGGAUCAUUUCAAAUCGUUGUGCCAGAAACGAGUAUACGAGUCGGAAUCAGAGCGGAUCUGUCGACAAUCUGUCUCGAACGAAUUUUCUCUUGACCUAGUGAAAGCUAGUGCGGAAUGUAUUUGUCAGGCUCUGUCUUUAGUACUAAGGACUCAUGCUAUGUCCAAAUCCUUUUACGUGUUCUCAGAAGCGGACCGAGCGAUUGAUGUCAUGAACCUGGUGGAACCCGGAAUCGUCAUCGGAUAUAGGCCGAACGUUGGGCAAAUUAUGCUGUUCGGUUCGAGCGGAUUUGGGUCUCUUCGAUUUGGGAGAGUGUUGUCCGUUGAUACGUUUUCACGCACGUGGGAAGUGGUUGUUCUCCGUCAGGAAGGGAACAACGACUACAGCGAGGUGCACGACGGGAGGCGGGAAACCGUUCAGGCGGUCCAACUCGCGGGCAUCGAGGACAGGUCGGCACGAAAACCGUCCACUUCGCUGCUGUCGCCGGCACCGGACACGAUGGCUUCGUUCGAAAAGGCCCCUGGAUUUUUGACGACGGGCAACUACAUCAUGCUGCUCCGCUGGUGCCACCAGCAAAGCACUCUGUUGCGGGGCGGAGAGGACGCGAGCUCCGAACCCCCACCGUACGUCCGGCAGAUUGCCGAGCAGGCGUCGAUCCUCCUCGGGGCCGACCUGGUGCUGCACGAGCUGACCGGCAGCUUCGAGCACAAGGACCCCAAGGAGAUGGCAAUCCUCGACGACCAGCUCUUUGAACUCUUUGCGGACGGGACGGCCCUCGUAGAGAACGCAAAGAACGACAGCGACCUCGAAAACGAGGAACCCAGCGCCGUGUUUUCGUUCCAGGAGGGCCGCCUCAGGGAGGUGAUCGAUUCCUCGGUGUGGAACGGCCUCCAGGGCCAGGUCCUCCCGUUCGUAAAGCGGGCCUGGAAAGUCCGUAAGGAGACGGAACGAAAGCAAAAGGAAAAACAGAUCAGUGCGGGCGGGAGCACGUUUUUCUCCUCCGGAUUUCGUCGCACGGGGAAGAGCUCGUUCCGGAGGUGAAGCGAAUUCCGCUGCCAGAAUCAAUGAGUUCCGUCUCUUUUGUCGUUUCCAAGGUUAUUGCUGGGAUUAAAACCAAUAAAAAAUCCAGAAGAAACAAACAUGUUUCAUCAAC